AUGUCCGAAAGUGAUGAACCAUAUCUAACACAUGACAUCGAUUGGCCAAUGCUCGAUAAAGCUCGAUUUAUUCCAUUAAAUCUUGUAUCAACAUUUAUUGUUCGUUCAGUUUUAUAUCCAAUUACACUUGUUCGUACUCGUUUACAAGUACAAGUAAAAUCAUCUAUAUAUAGAGGUACAUGGCAUGCAUUAUGUACAACAGUUCGUUAUGAAGGUUUUCGUGCACUGUACAAAGGUUUUCUUGUUUAUAAUUGUCAAUUAGUACCUGGUUUAAUUUAUAUAACAACAUUUGAAGCAACACGUGCUCGUGCUAAUAUUUUAACUAAAAAUGAAUAUUUACGUGCUGGUAUUGGUGGUACUAUAGGUUCAUUAUGUUCACAAAUACUUGCAUGUCCUAUUGAUAUUGUAUCUCAACAUAUGCAAUUAGUUGGAUUAACAGCAUCUGGAAAAAAAACUCGUCUUACAGAUGAUAUAUCAUUGAAAUCGGAUACGAAAAUAUCUAAUAAAUCAUCAGUAAAAUCUCUUCAUCAUAGACAUAUUCCUCGUAUACAUGUGCCUAAAGAAAUUCGUACUAGUAAUUAUUUAAUAUUUAAACAUAUAUGUAAAACAUUAUUAUAUGAAAAACAAACAGAUAAAGAUAUAAAAUCACAAAUUAGUUUUAAAGGUUUUUAUCGUGGUUAUUUAAUUUCAACAUUUUUAUUUAGUUUAACAAGUGCAAUUUGGUGGCCAUCGUAUUAUUUUUAUCAAAGACAAAUGCUUAAUAUUGAAAUAAUGUUUGCAAAUCAUAUAUCAGUACCAUUACUUGUUAUUCAAUGUAUUGCUGGUCCUUUAUCAUCAUUUACAUCGACUAUACUUACAAAUCCAAUUGAUAUAUGUCGUACUCGUAUACAAGUUGAACAAAACCGACGACGAGUAACACAAAUCAUGUAUGAAUUAUGGCAAGAAGAACGUUUUAAUAUUUUUACAAAAGGUUUAACAGCUCGUCUAUCACAUUCCUGUAUUUAUUCAUUAUUGAUUAUAUUUGGUUACGAAACUGUUAAACGAGUUUCAUUAAAACAAGAAUAUCAAGGACAUGUAAGAUGGUAA